UAUAUAUCGUUAUAAAUGAAAUUAUAAUUUAGUAAAUAAUAAUUCUGACGUUGGCUGCGGUACAGGAGUGUUUGGUGUCAAGAGCGCCACUAUGGACUCCAUUCACACGGGGCUGCUGCUACUGCUGGUAUCGAACAUGAUUCUGCGAUCUGAACAAGCACAGUCCACUUUUAACUCUAGUAGUGACUUUGAAGAGGAAGAGAGUGACUCUGUUGCUUACAUGAUAAUAGUUGAGCACGGGGAGGGGCAGCGAUGUGCGGGCUCUCUUGUCUCGCUGCGCACGGCGCUCUCAAGUGCGCGAUGCCUGCGGCUUAGCGGCCCGCGCGCCACGCUCUGGGCGCUGGCGGCGGCGCUGGUUGUAGGCCAUGGAACGGUGCGUGCUGCGGACGGAGCUCGGCGUGUAGUUCGGGUGGCGUACGCCGGCACCGACUCUGCCGAUCCCGCCAACGACCUAGCUCUCCUCGCCAUAGACGAGCCAUUCGGCGAGAGGGCGCAAUCACGUCCAAUCCUUAUGGCGACAGCGGCGGGCGUGUGUGACGCGGCGGCGGAUUGCAAUGCGGUGCGUGCACUGUCUCGGAACAACGCGCACGGCGUGCAAGCUCUGCUCUUGCGCGUGAUUAGCGUGCACCGGGCACCACACGCCGUAUGUACCGCGCACGUGCCUCACUGGGCUUCUCUCAAAGACCGUUCGCUUUGCCUGAAAGGAGAAACACUCUGCGAGAAUGACAUGGGUGGUGGUGUUGUGUGCGCCGGUCUACUGUGCGGCGUACUCAGCGUGGUGGGUGCGCGCGAAGAGGACGCAAAGUGCGGUGAUACAUUCGGAGCGCUGACGGUAGCGCGUUGGCGUCGCUUUUUGCAUUGUGCCCACACACAGCGACUUUGCGGCAGAGGUGACUGUGCGUCAUUAUGCACGGAGCACUGGUUAGAUGGUUCCAACGAGCCCUUUCCGGUCGCAUCACUCAGCUCCGCCUUUCAGAAUCUAGUGGAAGACAUGGAUCACGCCCUGACAGCGCCAGUUCUUUCAUCAUUGAGUUACACCAAAUUUGAGAGGACGUCUACGGAGCUUAUAGUAACAGACCGCAACGGUGGAAACACUAGCAGCCCCAUGACUCCUGGCAGAAGUACAAGCAGCCGCGCUGCAGUUCAGGCGAGCCCUCGGCUGCAACUGCUCUCACGCACGCCACUCAUUUAUGAACUUAGGCCUUCUGCUGACUUUGAACCCAAUCGAGCCGAUUUUAAGGCUGUGAAAUGAUGUGUACUGCUGUGGCUCUAAUCCUAAAUGAGUGUAAGUGUAUCCAGUUCUGGUGCGACUCAGCUCAACUGAACAAAACUGAAGAAGUAUAUAUAUAUCUCUGAAAUAUGCUGAUUUUGGGCUCAAUUGGUUAGAUAAAUUUCCAAACUACUUCAAAUAUUGACACAUUUUCACUUUAUUUUAUUCAAAAUAAGUAGCAUAUUAUAACAUUAUAUUACAACAUAAUUAACUAUGAAAUGUAUGUUUGACUAGGAUAAGAACAAACAUAGAAAUCGCUCUUAAAUAGCAAACAAAAUGAUAGUUUUUUAACUAUAUAUAUAUGUAUAUUAAUAAUAUAUUAACAUUAUAUUUUUGCCUGUAUAUUUUUAGCAGGCGCUGGAGGGAAUCGUAAUAACAUUGUUCGAUAUCUUAAUUCCAUGAUAGGUACAGCAUCGAGGUUUGAAAACCUGAAGAAGCAAAUAUGAACUAUGUAAUAAUCGGUAAUUCAUUAUAGUGAGUACAAUAGGAUAGGAGACCAGCCGUUCUCCCAAAAUACUAAGGAAGCAAAUGUAUUAUAGUAGGAAUUAAAUAGAAGAAAUUGGGAAGUAAUUUUUAAACUACAUUUCAACGUAUUACACGACUAGUGACCGGCCAUUCUGACGCUCACAGAUAUGUUUAGGUUCCAAAAUUCAAUAUUAUUUUUGGUACCAUGACCGUAUAAACUAAGGGCCAAACCUCACCGAGAUGCCACUGCGACGUGGCCGGCUAACUCAAUUGGAGACGUUGCCAAGUAGCCAGCGAAGCCCGAGUCGAACGCUCGAUAUAAAAUCUAGUAGGCGACGUCGCUGGCAAUUCAUCAAAGGAUGUUUGUGACAUCCUCAGUUUGUUUUAAUUGAAUAUUUGUUUAGUGUAUUUUCUGAAAUCUUCAUAGAGUUAAAUAAUUCAGGUACACAACUAUGUACUAAAACAUAAUAGCUUAUUAUAUUAGUAUAUUAUUAAAUAAAAAACUAUUCUUUUGAUAUAUUUUCUGGUCGUAUGUAUUGAGUUGACGCAUUUUUAAACGUUACCGUCACAUUUUUACAGGAGCUAACAAUGUGUGGUGUUUACCAAU